AAAUGCACUAACAGCCCCUUUUAAAUACGAUGUACGAUGAGUCGCGGCCCUUGCCUGCCCUUGACCCCACUCAGCCGUCGUCGUCGUCGUCGUCGUCGUCGUCGUCGGGAAGCGAAGGAGCGAUGCAAGUGCUCACACGCCCGGUAACUUUCGUUACUGGAAAUGCUAAAAAGUUGGAAGAAGUGAGAGCUAUUCUGGGCAACUCCAUCCCCUUUCAAUCUCUCAAGCUCGAUUUGCCAGAACUGCAAGGUGAGCCAGAAGAGAUUUCAAAAGCAAAGGCCCGUUUGGCUGCAACUGAGGUAAAUGGGCCAGUUCUUGUUGAGGACACCUGUCUUUGUUUCAAUGCUCUUAAUGGUCUACCUGGUCCCUACAUAAAGUGGUUUCUCGAGAAGAUUGGACAUGAAGGUUUGAACAAUCUGCUGGCAGCUUAUGAAGACAAAUCAGCUUAUGCUGCCUGCGUGUUCUCUCUUUCUCUUGGUCCAAAUACAGAUCCUUUGACGUUUGUUGGGAAGACAAUGGGGAAAAUUGUACCAGCAAGGGGCGCGAAUGAUUUUGGAUGGGAUCCAGUUUUCCAACCAAAUGGAUAUGAACUAACUUAUGCUGAGAUGCCAAAGGAGGAAAAGAACAAAAUAUCACACCGUUCAAAGGCUCUGGCUUUAGUGAAAUCACAUUUUGCUGCUGCAGGUUAUCAUUUUCAGAACUAUGAUUCUUCCUGACUUAUAAACAAACUGAAAACUUACUGAAUCAGACCAAUGAGCUGUAUUGUUAUUCAUAUUUUAAGCUUUGCUAACCUUGUCAUUGCAGCCAUAAACAUAAAAACCAUCAUUUGUCCAACAAAAAUUUCUAUAUUAAAAUUUGAGGUGGAAGGAAAUUCUGGUAGUGCA